GCCCCGCCCCUCCUGGAGGCCGCUCCGGGGAGGGUGACGCGCCCGGUGGCCCCGGCCCCCCUUUCAGAGGCUGAGGGGAUCCCGCAGCAGAGUGAGCGGACCGGACGCCCCAGCGAUGACCAGCUCCCCCGUCUCCAGGGUCGUCUACAACGGCAAGAGGAACAGCAGCCCCCGCUCGCCCCCCAGCGGCGGCGAGAUCUUCACCCCGGCCCACGAGGAGAACGUGCGCUUCAUUUACGAAGCCUGGCAGGGCGUGGAGCGGGACCUGAGGAGCCAGGUCUCCGGCAGCGAGCGGGGCCUGGUGGAGGAGUACGUGGAGAAGGUCCCGAACCCCAGCCUGAAGACCUUCAAGCCCAUCGACCUGAGUGACCUGAAGCGCCGUGGCACGCAGGAUGCCAAGAAGUCCUAGAGCCCCCGCGGGCGCCGCCCCGGCCUCCGGGAGAUGUGGGCGCAGCCUGACGCCCGUCUGCCCCCCUGCGGGCCCAGUUCCUGGCAGGGGGGGCGGGGCCGUGCGCCCAGGGGCCCACAGGCCCCAGGACCGGGACAGCGAGAUGGCAACAGGUGGCCAUGGCCUGCCCCUCCUCCCCCAGCCCCCUCUUCCCCUCUUGGCGGGCUCCGCUGCCAGACACCGGGAGGGUCUGGGCCCUGCCGGCCCCUGAGCCCUCCUGGGCCCAGCUGCCUGGGUGUCUUUGCGGCCCCCUGGCCCUGCCUGCCCCCAAGGACUCGACCCUGACUCCUCUGCCCUUUCCUCUUCCCCACCGCCCCACUGACCCCUGGCCACUUCCAGGAUCAGGACAGAGAUGAGAGGGCCGCUGUGGUCUGUGGGCCCGUGGGGCUGUGGCCCGAGUGCCACAUUUAUCCCCGAGGUGGCCGGAAGGCAGGACGAGGGCAGCCCCGCCCACCGCUGGCGUGGGCCUGUCACCUCGCUGCUGCUCUGGCCCGGACACGGGGAAGCGUGUGGGCCUCCCCACCCCCCUGUCCAGCCUGGCCCCUUUUUUCCUGCAUUAGCUUCUGGGCAGCACCAGCUACUAGCCUGGGACACCUCGGGCACCCCCACGGGUCCUGGGCACCCAGGCUGGGCCCUCGGUGUCCACAGCCUCCUGGGGCAAGACUGUGCUGGGGCCUGGAGGGGUCACCGGGGCCCUACCCCCGUGGCUGGAGCCUGGGACUGGAGAAUAAAGGUGGGCAGCCCUGGUCGGCC